AACCGAUGUUUAACAGCAGAGAAAUGAAGGAAACAAAGCUUUGAUUCAGGAGAAUUGUGGUUGAAUGAUUUUGGUUUGGCUCACUUUGAGUCGAUUAAUCGGUUGCAGCUCUAAUUGUGUGGGUCUUCCUUGAACAUAAAUCCCCAACACUGGAGUUCAUAUUGGUCUGAAUGUGGAACCUGAAAGAAUGGGUUCGACUCCUGUGGUCAGAGGUUUCUGGGCCGAGUCCAACCAGUCCAAUGAAAGCUAACUGUUGUGAAGGUUAGCGCCCCAUGCUACAUCCAUCCAUAAUCUGCUCUGUUUGUCAACACCAGCCGCUGGGUUUGAUGGAAGAGCCUGUCAACACCAGUAAUACCUCCCAGAAUUCCUCGCUCAGCUCCCUGGACUACUCUGAGCUCACGCUGUCGCUUCCAGCCAUCCCACCAUCAGAGCCCAGAGGCACAAAAGAUAAAGGAUCAGAGACACCUGGAUCACAUGACCUCAGAUCAGGGAAGGACAUGGAGGAGCUGAGCCAAUGGCAGAGGGAGUUCAGAGGUCAGAUCCAAGCGCUGAGGGAGUGGCUGACAACCAUGGAGAUGAAGCUUCCUCCUGCUCCUCCUGCUCCUCCAGAUCCUCCUCCUGCUGCUGCUGCUCCUCCUCCUCCUCUGGACCCCAGGCUCCAAAGCAAUGGACACUCAAGCUCAGACCAGGAUUCCAGUCUGGAUCGAUGGAGAGGAACGAGAUCCGCCUUGGCUCUGAAAGAUGCAUCUAAGAUUCUACUGAAACUUUCUCCAAAACCUGGAGACUCUGCUCACAUGGACCGCCGUCGCAGUAUGGACGCCAUGAUGCUGGAGGGUCCUCGGCUGGUGGAGGCCCAUCCAGGACAGGAGGGGGAGCAGGUGAAGGCCAGGCUCUGCACCCUCGAAUGCAAGUGGAGGACGUUACAGCUGGAGGCAGAGCAGAGGUCAGAGCUUCAGCCGGAUGUUCCCCACAUUUGGCGAAUCUUCGUAAACUGUUGA